UAUGUUUAGACUGGUAAGGAUAGAAACGCUGGAAUCAGUCACCAAUCAGAGAAAAAAAUAUAAAUAGUCUCGACACUUCGCCCACAGAGUUUUCAUCGACUGCCAAAUUAAACCUAUGUCUAACAUUCCUGCUGUAAUUGCUUUCUUUCUAACAACAUUAUGCGUAACAGCUCCUCUAAAAUCUCUCCUGGAUAACCUUGAAGAUGGACAUCCGGUUUGCUCUAAAGAUUUCGAGGAGGACGAGACUAUGGCCGAAUUCCGGCGAUUUGCCAACGCUCCAGAUGAGGUUGAACGUUUCUUGGGGAAAAAGCUGGCUGACAACGACGGCAUAAAAAGAUACGAAAUCUACCAUAUGAAUCCAAGCUGGACAGCUAUGUUUGUAAAUGCUAUCGAGAGGGCUACCGGCAAAAAUCACUUUCUUCGCCUGAACAGUUUUCGUAAAGGAGAGCAAGCAGCAUGGACCGCGCAGGAGAUCAGCGAGCAGGAAUUCAAAAAGUGGGAAAAAGAAUGUCCACUGUAAUGUUCCAGAAUCUAGCUCCUGUUUCUUGACACUGUCUAUUCGAGGAGUUCUCGAAAAAAUCACUUUGACAUAAAAUGCAAUUAGUUUAGUUGUUUCCACAGUUAGUUGACAGUGAUAGUUGACACAGUUAACACAAUAAC